CUCUCUUGCUCUCUCUGUUUCUCUCUCUCUCUCUCUCUUUCUCUCUCGCACUCACUCAGUAAGCCAUUCCCUUCCUUUCUUUGUCUACAGAGGGGGAAAAGGCGAUAGAAAGGGUGUGAGAGAGAGAGAGAAAGUGAGUGAGUAAAAAGAGAGGAGAAGGAAGAGAAAAGGGGGUGAAGUGAAGGCAAAGAAAAGAAAGAAAAGGCAGAAAGGGAAGUGGGCAAGUGGACUAGACACACCGGCUGUCGAGACAAAAAAAUGAAGCCUUGAUACUACUACUACUGUUUAUCAGAGGCAGCCAGCGAGUAGUUGUGAAGCUGCAGUGCUGCUGGUGCUGCUGUAACCUCUCGAUUCUACAGUGGAGGGUUUUACACACGCAGCACUGAGGCUGGAUGUAUCACAAGACGGAGCAGUCGUCAGGCCGUAGCACAUGGGACUCCUUCCCCUCGGCUGGACUCAGCAGAGCACCAUGGGCACCAUCCACCAAUCAGCACUGGGCCCGCCCCUCCAGGUGCAAUGGGGGAAUGUACCAAUCCCAUCACAACUCCCAGAAUCACAUGGCAGGAAGGAACCACCCAAACAAAGCUCACAAUGACCGGCCGAUGGGGAUGGGUUCCCUUGGUGACCGCAUCCCUCAGCAUCCCCCUAGGGACCAGAGGCCCCCGCAGCCCUGGGAGUCACGCUACGAGCCCCAUGGCCCUCGCAGGAACCCCGACUGCCCCUCUAGCAACUACGCCAUGCGGCCUGGAGCCCCAUCACGGUAUGGGGGUCCUCAGUCUCCGCAUCAGCAGUCUCAGCAUCACCCCAAGUCUCGCCCGCCAGGAGCAGAUCGCUGGUCCCCGGGCCCCCGCCUAGGUGCCGCAUCAGCAGGGCCCGGGGGCUCCCUAAAGCGCCCUGCCCCACCUCACCCAGAGGGUCCAGGCCCGCGAUCCUCCCCCCAGCACCACACUCCUCCCCCACGCGACGACUGCCCCCAGAAGAGGAGCAAGUACAGCCCGGAGCAGGCAUUCCGUCCGAGGAUGAAUCACUUCAGCGGUCCGUCUCAGCCUCCACCUCCGCCCCGGCAGCCCUCCUCCCACGGCUCUCCCACCUGGAGCUCCCCCUACCGCAGUAGUGGCCCCUGGACACAGGGCCACAGGAGCCCCCCUCGCGACUACCAGGAACCAAGCCAGAGCAAGUCGGACAUGAACGCCCACCCCCACAGAAGCCACCUCUACCCCGCGGACUCCCCACCAUCCUACGGCCCACCCUCCCAGCCCUUCAACCCCGGCAAACAGCACCCGUCCCAGGGAUACCCACCCCACCGGCAGCCCCACCCAAACCCCCACCACAAUAACAACCACCACAACAACCACCACCACCACAACAACCACCACCACCACCACCACCAUUCCUCCAGCCAGCACGGCCACGGCCACGGCACCAGCCACAGCCGCCCUGCCCAGCGAGGACCCAAAGGGGGCAGCAACGAGCACCGCCAGGGCCCCCCCUCACCAGCAGCAGAGUCCAACACCAGCGUGCCUUACAGCCACAGCAGUCACAGCUCUCAGCAGCAGCAGCAGCACCAUCACCGCCAUGACUCGACGAGAUCCCCACCGCCACACACACCACCCAGGAGGAAUGGAGGUGACAGCAGUGACUCCCAGCGCUCUCCACCAACACCCCACACACCACCCAGGAGGCAUGUGAAUGACACCAGUGGCUACCAUACAGGGGACCGUGACACCUCGCGCUCCCCACCGCCACCCCACACCACACCCAGGAGCCAUUCGGGUGACAGCAAUGACUCCCCACGCUCCCCACCGCCACCCCACACUCCUCCACCCAGGAGGCAUUCGGGUGACAGCAGUGACCCUUCUCCCCAGCACCAUCAGCGGAGGCAGCAGAGGCACACACCACCCAGAGAGGAGUGCAGGGCACAGGCACAGGCACAGGCACGGCAUGGCAAGCACACUGCGGAGCAUAGCAGCCAUGGAUCAGAGAGGGAUCAGCUGCAUGAGAGGUCUCACACGCCCUCCAGGCACACCCCCACCCCCACCCGCACCUCGUCUCAAUCCCCAAAACCCCACCACCGCUCCCCACCCUCCAACACUGACAUCCCCAGGACCAAGACCGAAAACAACCAGAGAAGCCCCCGGCCAAAGUCUCCUCCUCCUUUGACAACACCAGGCAGAGACAAGAGAGCAAGAUCACCAUCUUCACCAUCAUCACCAUCACCUUUACCUUCACGAUUCCCAUCGUCUCCACCUUUGUCGUCUCCGUCAUCACCCGUUCCGGAGCGAAAUCAGAAGAGCCAGGAUUCUGUGAGACCUCCGUCACCUGCCGAAGAGGAGUCAGGCGCUACCUCCCGCCACCAACACCACCACCGGCGCUCCUCAGCACCAACACCACCACCACCACCAGCUGAAUUUGACCUCAGGGGUGAAAGGUCAGAGGGCACUUCCGGGUCCUCUGAAGUUCAGAAGGACAGUCCUCCGAGCUCCAAGAACGAGCCGGGUCCAGGUCCAGAUCGAGAUGCCGCGUCAGACGCAGAGAGGAGCAGCAACCACAGCCGUACAGAGAAGAGGAAACACAGAGGAGAGAGACAUCACAAGAGGAGGAGAGACGAGAGAAAGGCACACAAGGUUGAGGAGAAGGAGAAGGAGAUGUCGGUGGAAGACGCUAAGGAGGGGAAGUGGAGGAAAGGGGAGAGGGGACAGGAGGGAAAGGUGGACAAACGAGGGGAGAAGAACGGCAACAAGAGAAGCUUGUCGAGAAAGAGAGGAGAGGAAGAGAACGUGGAGAAAGUGAAGAACAAGAGCAGCAAAGAGGAAGGAGGAAGCAGGAAGGAGAAUAAGAGCAAGACAUCCUCCAGGAAGGACAAACAAGUUCAAGAGAAGAUGGAAUGCUCGCAGCAGUCUCCACGGAAACACCAUGCAGAAUCCACGGCGAAGUCCAAGCCGCACCGCGCAACGCCCAAUCAGCAGGCUUCGUCGCCAUCGCCCAGUCAGCCAUCAGCCAAUCACAAGCUGACUGAGAGCCGCAGGAAACCCGAGAAGCAAACGGAGAAGGGUAUUAAGGGCGGGGCCAAAACCACCACCAGCCAACACCAGCCAAUCACUGCAAAUACCUCAGGCAAGGUCCUCCCCCACAGGGCACCACCAGCCAAUAGCAGCAGCUGUUUGUCUCCGCACUCCACGCCCAAAGACCCCACCACCGCCACUGCCCCGAAAAGGGGCACCACAGAGGGACCAACUCAUCACCUUCCUGUGAGGGACUCGUCUCAAACCACCACCAGCAGCAGCAGUGGACAGACCAGACAAGCCCAGACGCCCAAACCCACCAGCACAGAGAGCAGCUCUCUGAAGAAUGGGCGUCCCUCCUCCUCCUCCUCCACUGCCCGACCGCCCUCCCCAUCACACCCAUCCACCAGCACUGAGAACAGCUCCCUGAAGAAUGGACCUCCCUCCUCCUCUUCCUCUUCCUCCUCCUUGUCCUCCUCCUCUUCUUCUUCCUCCUCCAUCCACCAUCCACCUUCUCCAUCACUCCCCUCCACUAGCAGAAGCAGCUGCAGCAGAAGCAGCAGGGAAGACCCAGCAGCAGCAGCAGCAGCAGCAGCAGCUCCGCGUCCAGAGGCCCCGCAGCUGCAUCCGGCCCUGGGCUCCUUCAGCGACGACGAGGACGACCUGGGUCUCCAGGAGCCCCCGGGCAGCCCGCCCAUCCUCAGCCUGCAGGGCUCGCCCGUGUCUGUGCUCAGCGACGAGGACGAUGUGGAGAUGGAAGAGGAGAAAAUCAUCCUGCGACGGCCCAUAGUGCUGCCCAGCCCCACCUCCAGCCCCUCGCACUGCGAGGACGACGAGAACGACAGCGCCGCCCUGGAGGAUGGGAGGGUGAAAAAGGAGAAGGAGCUCAGCGCCAGCACGGAGCUGCGCCACAGCGACCUGGCAAAGUUAUACGGCGUCACGGUUACGGAGUCGAUGAAGGAGAUGGUGGAGGACGAUGAAGCGGGUGCUCCGGAGGACGGUGUGGAGAGCGAGACGAAAGACGGGAAAGGCGGGGUGAGGGCGCGACCACACCUGCACCAGAUGGGCAACGUGGGGGACGUGUUCAAGUCCCUGGCGUCUAUCGUGGGAAAUCACCGCUACACGUACAGGGGCGGGCCGUUUGGGCGUCCGCCUCCCGGCGCUCUUGUCGGGGUCAAGUACUCCUCCUCUCUGUCCCUGGGCUCCGAUAUCAGCUGCCAGGAGUCACAGAGCGCAUCAUCAUCCGCUACUCCUGCCUCCUCCGGGAUGGUGCUGUCCAACCACACUACCUCAGACCACCACCAGACACCUCAACCUGAAGCUUAUGCUGAAGCUGAAGAGAAGACCUCUGGGACCACGACGCAUGAGGAGAGAGAUGCUAAGAGACACGCACCGAAUAUUUGUGAGAGCAAACAGAAGAUGGAUGAUGACCAUGGCCUUAGCCAGGUUGACGAGGCCAUAAAAGAGGAGGAGGAAGAGGAGUCCACAGAGGAGAAGGAUGAGGAGGCACUGAAGGGGAAGGUGAAGGGCAAGCGAAACCGCAACUGUGAUGACAAGGGCGACAGCCGAAAUGCCACAGCCUCAGCUCUGACCAUCGGCAGCAAGGAGGAAGUCAAGAAGGAAGAAGAAGAGGUAGAGGAAAGUGAAGAAAAGGAAGAGGAGGAGGAGGAGGAGGAACAGAAGACAAAGAAAGGGAAGGGGAAGAAAGAAAAGACCAUGGCAUCAAAAAGGAAACAGGUCAAGAAGGAAAUAGAGGAGAUGAGAUCCCAGAAGAAGAAGAAGGAGGAGGAGGAAACGCAAACAAGGAAGAAGAAAGAAGAGGAGGAGGAGGAGGAGGAGGAGGAGGAGGAAGAGGAGAAGAAAACAAGGCCGUGUAGCCUGAAAAGAAAAAGAGAGACCAAAAAAGAAGAUGAAAAACAGCAACAGCAGCCACAGGAGGCCAAGAAGGCUAAAGUGAAAACCGAGGGAGCAAAGAAAACAUCCACUGUUCCCUCUUCUUCUUCUUCUUUUACUACUACUUCUUCAUCCUCCAAGGCUUCUUCACAACGUUCCUCCAAGGCAGUUCCAGAACAUUCCUCCAAGGCAGUUCCAGAACGUUCCUCCAAGAAGCAGCUCCAGGACAACAAGACAGAAAGGUCAAAGGUCAAGGAGAUCAGCAGCCCGAGCAAAGCAGAGAAGAGCCAGAAGAAGAGCCGAGCUGUGAAGAAGGACAAAGAAGAGGAGGAAGAAGAAGAAGAAGAAGAAGAAGAAGAGAAAGAAGAAACUGAACAACAGGAAAAACAGCAGAAAGUGGAGAAGAAGAAACAGGAGGCCAAAACGUGCAGCACUGUCAGCAGCUCCACCACCUCACCAGCCAAAGCAGAGACUGUUGCAUCAGUAUUGUCACCUUCAUCGUCAUCUUCAUCCUCCUCCUCUUCAUCAUCAUCCUCAUCGACCGUUUCAACCGUGUCAGUGACCACAACCACAGCCACACAAGCAGCUGCCACCACCAACACCACCAGCUCCACCUCCACAGCAUCUGCAUCUCCUUCCUCCUCCGCCGUCCUGCCCCAAAUCCGUCUUCCGAGCGGCCUGGGUCGGGCCAACUUCCUCAAGCUGCAGGCGCUGUCGCUAGGGCCGCCCAAGGAGCUGAAGAUACGCCUGGUCAAGGUGGAGAGUGGCGAGCGCAGCACCUUCCUGGCCUCGCAGGUGGAGAUGGAGAUGAUGGAGCAGCGCAGGAGGAGGACACCACUAGCAGAGAUCAGCAUCAGCAACACAGCAGAGGAGGUCAUACAGGCAUGCAAGUCUGCGACUGUGACAGGGAAGUUCAGAGAGUCGUAUCUGCUGCCAGCCUUCUCGGUGAAGCCCAACCUAUCAGGGAACCCUACAAUCCGGGAGAAACUCAACCCUCCCACACCAAGCAUUUAUUUGGAGAGUAAGAGGGAUGCCUUCUCCCCUGUGCUGCUUCAGUUCUGCUGCGACCCCAAAAACCCUGUCACCGUCAUCAGGGGCCUGGCUGGAUCCCUGCGCCUCAACCUGGGUCUGUUCUCCACCAAAUCCCUGGUGGAGGCCAAUGCAGAGCACCCGGUGGAGGUGCGUACGCAGGUGCAGCAGCCAGCGGAUGAGAACUGGAACACCAACGGCUCGGCCCAGACCUGGCCCUGCGAGAGCAGUCGCUCACACACCACCAUCGCCAAGUACGCCCAGUACCAGGCAUCCAGCUUCCAGGAGAGCCUACAGGAGGAGAAGGACAGUGAGGAUGAGGAUGAGGAGAAGAGUGAUGAGAAGAAGAGUGAUGAGAAGAAGAGUGAUGAGAAGAAGAGUGAUGAGAAGAAGUCUUCGUCCUCAGGUGCUACUACAUCCAACACAACCUCAGGAGUCACUAACACCAGCCCGGACCAGAAACUAACUGGAAAGAUCAUCAAAUUUGGCACCAACAUUGACCUAUCUGACCCUAAGAGGUGGAAGGCGCAGCUCGCGGAGCUGUUGAAGCUGCCAGCCUUCAUGAGAGUGAGCUCCAACGGCAACAUGCUGAGCCAUGUAGGACACACCAUCCUGGGCAUGAACACCGUACAGCUCUACAUGAAGGUCCCCGGCAGCCGCACACCAGGUCACCAAGAGAACAACAACUUCUGUUCGGUGAACAUUAACAUCGGGCCGGGCGACUGCGAGUGGUUUGCUGUGCACGAACACUAUUGGGAGGCUAUCAAUGACUUCUGUGAGAAGCAUGGUGUGGACUAUCUGACGGGCUCCUGGUGGCCGGUGCUGGAGGACCUGUAUAAGACCAACAUCCCGGUGUACCGCUUCAUCCAGCGGCCGGGGGACCUGGUGUGGAUCAACGCUGGCACCGUGCACUGGGUGCAGGCCGUCGGCUGGUGCAACAACAUCGCCUGGAACGUGGGCCCUCUCAACUCCUAUCAGUAUCAGCUGGCUCUGGAGCGUUUCGAGUGGAACGAGGUGAAGAAGGUCAAGUCCAUCGUGCCCAUGAUCCAUGUGUCCUGGAACGUGGCUCGCACCAUCAAGAUCAGCGACCCCGAUACGCAUAAGAUGGUCAAGCAUUGCCUGCUCCAGUCCCUGAAGCACAUCCAGAUCCUGCGAGACCAGCUGGUGGCCAGCGGCAAGAAGAUCUCCUACCAGAGCCGCGUCAAGGACGAGCCGGCAUACUACUGCAACGAGUGUGACCUGGAGGUGUUUUGCCUGCUGUUUGUGACCACUGAGAGCAGCAGCAGGAAGACGUACGUGGUGCACUGUGAGGACUGCGCUCGCAAGCGCAACAGCAGCCUGUCUGGGGUAGUGAUCCUGGAACAGUACCGCAUCGAGGAGCUCAUGCAGAUCUACGACAGCUUCUGUGUGACGCCAUUGCCGAGCUCCAAGUGAGGUCUGGAACAUCGUCCUCGGACCUCGGGUGGGUUUCUCGACAGCGUCAUUUCUAACCAAAGUUAGCAACUUACUUGGUUGCAAUGGGAUUUUCCUUUCUUAACCUACCAAGUUGCUAACUGGUUAGCAACGAUGCUUUCAAGAAACUGGAUCCAUCCUGGUUCUCAGCAGCCGAAAAGCAGCUAAACUACGACAACCCUCAGCUCCUCUGACCUCCGACCUCCAACCUCUGACCUGGGGAGUAUUCCAAUAACACUGUUAAGUGAUAAACCUUGCUUAGUUAACCUACAAAAAGGGGUAAACCUGCUAAUAGAUGACCUGGUGUCAUUCAUUUUAGAAAAUGAAGACUCCAGGUCCUUCUAUUAGAUGAUUUACCACAACUUAAAGGUUGAUUUAGCCUGUGUGACUACUGAGCCAGGGGUGUGUUCCUCGACAGCGUCGUUGCUAACUAAGUCAGCAACUUUCUUGGUUGCAGUGCAAUUUCCCAUUGGCAACCUGCUAAAUUGCUAAAUGGUUAGCAACGAUGCUUUCGAGAAACGGAGACCAGGUUCUUGGAAUACUCCCCCUGCUCCCACAACAACCACUACUGCUGUGUCUCCUCGAGCAGCCAGUCAAAACAAACAAACAAACAAGCAAAACAGGCAUGUUUACUCCGCAUUGUUUACAUAAACAGCACAAACAUCAGCAGACGAUACCCUCAGCUUAGUUCCACUGUCUUCCCCACCCUCUCCGUCGGCUGUACUUCUUGAUCAGACGCAAUCUGGGUCACGAUCGGAAUGACUUUGAUGAUAUUCUUGCUGGGGAAAACCAUACCGGACUUGGGGGAAAAAAUGUGAAUUUGUGUGUCGGAAUUUCAUAUCAGGUCAACAAAAAAACAAACCAAUGGAAACUGCUGUGACUACACAAGGUGUAAGGACAUCAAAAAAUACAAUACAAAAAAAGAACAAAGAAAUAGCAAAAUAAAGCUAAACAAGAUGCCGAACACGUGCAUUUUAUUCAGGUACAAGUCAACUCCUUACGUUCCUCUUAUGCAAAUCUGACAGAAUCAUGAGCAGUCUGGUUAGCGCUGUGUCUGGGAGUAAGGCAAGGCAGCUGUGUGAGUUUGGUAGCGUCCCGCAAACCGUCAGGGGACUCUUUUUGUCAACGAGCGACGUAACGUCACCUCGACAACAUCGCUCUAUCUCUUUAUACCUAAGGAUGAUAACUCCUUUCACAGUGUGAAGUUCUUUUUUCAUAUCUUUUUUUCUGGUCAUUGUUUUUUUUAAAUAUAUAUUCUUAAUUGGGUGCUACUUUCAUUGUUUAUUGAUUUUGUUUUUAUUUAUUUGUAUGGUAAUGGCAUAGACUUCUUUCUAACAGCCUAGACUUAUUACACCAUUUUGGCCUUGUGAAACAUGUAUUUAGAUAAAAAACAAAAAGGUGAUUAAAAAAACACACACAGCUAAAACAGUGUCAUUUUUUCUAAAGCAUUAAGAAUAAAAAAGUGAAAUAUAUAUCUAAGUUUCUCUGAGUUCUCAAAAAGAUACGGGUUUGCUUGAAGGCUGAAUUUAGUUGUUUUUUGUUGUAAAGAAACCAUGUGUGUAUGUGCAGUGGAUCGUUUUGUAUAAUCCUAAAUCAUUCCUGCUCUAGCAGAGAUUGUCACACACGUAUUUGCAAUGCUAUUAAUUAAUUAAUGAAUUAAUUAUCAAAAUGGUGCUUUUUCACUUUGUGUUUAAUUUUCAUUUGCUUUUCACAGUACUUGGCUUUGUGUUUGGGAAAAAACAACAGAUUUUUUCCUGUGUGUGUGUGUGUUUUAUUUAUUUUAAUUUCAGGGUUUUGUAUGUCGGUUUGUUAGCCGCGUGUAUUUAUUGAACAUCAGUGGUGCUCCUUUUAAAUAUAAUACGGGGGAUUACGGAUUGACAGAUGAUUUUUUUAAGUUUUUAUAUGAUCCCUUCUUUCUGUGCAGAGGUUUAAAAACCAAGAGGGGGGAGUCAGAUUUUAAAAUGGUGCUCGAUCCCCCUCUCCUCGUCUGCAAUGACAUGUACAUUAAAUGAACUAUAGAUGACAGAGGGGAGCUAUUACGUUCUCUUUCUCACUCUGUCUCAACUGGUUGGUGCUUAGAACCGGAGUCAGUGCUCACUCAGUAUGUAUGAAUGGAAUGUGUUUGUAUUGUAACAUGAUGACUUUGUUUCCUCCACUCCUUCUUGGAUUUUCACAUAAUUGUAAACUUGUGCUUUAUUAUUCUGAAAAAUUAUCAUGAAUACUAUUGUUGUAAUAUGAAUGAUUAUUAUGAUUAUUAUUAUGAUUAUUAUUAUUAUUAUUAUUAUUAUACAAACACAAGGAAAAAAAAUUGGAGUGUUUUAUUGCGUCUGUUGCCUUUUUAUUUUUGUUUCUUUUGUUCCUCAUUUUCAAGGUAGCAUUAAACCUCCUUUAUGCUCUUAUUUAUGCUGUAUUGUUCUACAAUGUCUAAUCAUACAACAAGACAAACUGAGCCAGACCUGUCUUCAACACUCUGUGUUUUUGAUUAUUGAUUACAAACAAAAAUAAAUAA